AAAAUGGCGGCAAAUCCGUCUCACAUUUGUUUGGAAACUUCCAUGGGUGAGAUUGAAUGUGAACUUUAUUGGAAGCAAUCACCAAGAACAUGUAAAAAUUUUGCCGAACUGGCACAGAGAGGAUAUUAUAAUAACUGCAAGUUUCACAGAAUUAUAAAGGAUUUCAUGAUUCAAACAGGAGACCCCACAGGAACUGGUCGUGGAGGAGCUUCUGUGUAUGGGCCUGCAUUUGAAGAUGAAAUUACAAGAGAUUUAAAACACACAGGAGCAGGAAUCCUUUCAAUGGCAAACAGUGGUCCAAACACAAAUGGAAGCCAGUUUUUCAUUACCUUAGCUCCAACACAGUGGCUAGAUGGUAAACAUACAAUAUUUGGCCGUAUUAGCCAUGGGAUCAGUGUUGUGCGGAGGAUUGGACUAGUGGAGACAGACCCUGGUGAUAGGCCACUUCAUGAUGUUUACAUUUUAAAUGGGAAAGCAGCAUCAAAAUCCACAUGAGACAUAACUAUUUUAUCAAGUCAUUGAACCAUCCAUCAAUGUGCAAAAUAAGAACUACACACCUAUCAGACUGUUUCUAUGUUGAUGUAAGGAGAUCUAUAAAUAACAUCAUGUCAAACUGUCAUAUAUUGAUAUGUAGAUGUUGUUAUUUGUAACAUGAGCUGAACAACAUCCAUUUUACAACAUUAAAAGUUGUCAAUAGUGUACCUUAUUUUGUAAAAGUAGGGAUAAACUUUAAACAGUUCAUUUUUUAUUAGUUUUCCAAAACACAUACUUUGUAAUAGAUAAAUUCUGUCUUGUAAGAUGUUUGUUUGUUUGUUUUUUUAAGUUAAUUUCCAUGUAUUUCCAAAUGAUAAUGAUGAAAUACUAUAUCUGAGAA